AUGUCCAGAUCCGCAGCCGACGCGACGCGAUUCACAGCCACAGGGCCCUAUGCCAGCUCCAAGCCCGGCGGGGCACCAUACAAGCUCCCCAGCUUUAUGGCAGAAUCCAAGAAAAACGCAGCACGGGGACCCGGCGAAAGACCAGAGACUCCGAAGGAAAAAGUCGAGCGAUUGCGAGCCCAGGCACGGGCGGCUCGGCUGGCCCAGUCAACCUCGCGCGUCGAUCAGAUGAUUGAUGUAGGGCGCAGAUUCGCGAACAAGGCGCAUAAGGUCAUGGUCUACAGUUUGAUCACCGCGUCCGGUAUCUGCGGUGUCCUCACGGUUUAUUCUAUGGUUUCUUUGACACUAUACAACCGUCGUCAGCGAGCGUUGUGGGUUGAAAGGGAAUUGCAGAAGCUGCAAGAUGCAAAGGCAGCUUAUGCCAGCGGAUCCGCAACACCAGAGCAACUCGAGUUAAUCAAGAAUGAGGAAAUUGGCGAGAUUAUGAAGCGGAAGAAGGAGGAGGCGAAGGCUCAGAGACCGUGGAACCGGGCCAAGGAAUACCUGUUUGGCGGACUAAAGCAGGACGAGACCACUUCCGAUCUAUCGUCAAAGGUUGACGGAGCUGCUGAUCACAAAGUGGGAGUGCUCGAGGCCCUCAACGCGAAGGCGGCGGAAGAUUCUAAGUCGAGGACACCCUCCGAAACAGCGACAAUGCCGGCACAGCCGGGACAGCUGGAUGUUCUUGCUGAGAAUGUGGAGACUGCUGCGAAGCAGUCAACACGAAGCUGGAAAAGCUGGCUUACUGGACGGUGA